AUGAAGCGUGUCGACCGGCAGAAGCUGGCGAAGCAUUUUCAGAUCUCCGCCGCCGAGGCGGAGCAGAUGGUCGAGCAGGAGUUCUGGCAGAUGCAGCAUACCAACCACCCGCACAUCAUCAAGCUCUUUGACUUCUUUCAAGACGAGAGAUACGCAUACUUCGUUAUGGAGGCGGUCAAUGGGGGCACCCUGCGCCAGCUUCUCAACACGCUCAAGACCCCGAAGGGGGAGCGCCCAAAGCUGAGCGAAGCUGGGAAACCAAAGCAUACUGACUCCUUUCUGUAG